GUCAAUGACAUCAUUCAAGUAGGACAAGGGUGAGGUUGGGCGAGCGCUGGAGCAGAGAAGAGGUGGCUUUAGGAAUGAUUGGGGAGCUUUGUGCUGGACAGGCGUGUUCUGGGGAGAUCUGACUCAUUUUCAGUUAAAAACAUCUUUACAUCAUUCACCAUUUGAACUGCUCUGUUUUCUUCAUCUACAGGUAACAAAAAUUUUGGCACAAUGAAAUACUCCAUUGGGCUCUUCUUGGUGGUCUGUUCAGUGACUAUAAGUGUUGGCAAUAAGCAUUAUGGAAUGCGCUUCUCCUCUGUAGGCUCAUCUCUGCGGUGCUAUAAGUGCUCGGACUAUUACGGUGGGAGGUGUGAGAAGGUGCAAGAAUGCUCUUAUGAGGACUCCUGUCUGACUCUGCAUGAGAAAGGAGGGAAAACCAUUCGCCAGUGCAUCCGAUACACGGACUGUGACAACUCUCGCCUGUCCCAGAUGUUUCCAGCUGUGUCCGGCUUCACCUACAGGUGUUGCAACAGUAAUCUGUGUAACAGUGCGCACAGUGUGUCUGCCCCGCUGCUCUCCCUGCUCAUCUGUCUGCUCAGCCUCUGCUGGAGCUGCUGCUCUGCGUGAGAAAGCUCCUGUUUACAAAGAUGUAGAAUAGCUCAUGUUGUACUCUGCUCAGCAAAACUCAUUUGAAUGUUUCUUAAGUGUGGUGCUGUUGGACAAUGUGAUGUCUUAAUCUCUGUUCAUGUUUUUAAAUUAAAUUAACAGCCAUUAACAACUUGUUAUGUUUCUGUAAUUUCAGCUUUAUUUGUUUUGAGCUCCUUUGAAUUAAACACUUUUUAGAACUU